AUGUUGAGAGUGAUUGGAAGAGGUGUUAUAAGGGCCAGAGCACCUCAAGGGAUUAUUGGAGACUUGAAAGGGUUCGCUAAUAAAGGAAUAUCCAUGAGAUUUUAUUCAGAUGUACCUAUGGACUCAUAUGAAUUGAAAAUCUUUGAUAUUUUAAAACAAGAAUUUUCACCAGAGAAUCUUGAAGUUAAAGAUGUUUCAGGAGGUUGUGGAUCAAUGUUUGCUAUAUCGAUAGAAAGUGAAAAAUUCAAAGGUAUUCCUAUGAUCAAACAACACAGAUUAGUCAAUGAAGUAUUAAAAGAUGAAAUAGCUCAAUGGCAUGGAUUACAAUUACAAACUAAAGCAGUUAAGAAAUAA